AUGAUAAAGAAAAAAACAAAUCAUCCAUCUGAAUUAUAUGUUUCUGAUGAAGAUAAACGUUGUUAUGCAUGUAAAGAUGCAAAUGAUGGAUGUGUUUCACCUUGUCAUUGGACACAACGUUGUUAUAUUAAAGCAAAACACGCUAAUGCAACUAUCAAUGAACGACAAUGUACAACUCAACAAUGGGCACGAGAAUUACUUGCUGAUGGAUGUAUAACAUAUAUGCAAACUUAUUGGUGUAUGUGUUCAUCAGAUAUGUGUAAUGGAGGUGAUCUAGAUUCAAUACGAGGAUUUGAAGAUUGUUCGAAAAAUCCUUGUCACGAUGGAACAAUAUGUCUUGAUACAAAAGAAGGUUUUACUUGUAUUUGUGCACCAUGGCAAGAUGAUUGUACAAGAUCUUAUCAAGUUGGAUGUAGUUGUAAAAAUGGUGGUCGAUGUAUAAUGAAUUAUGGUUCAUAUGGAUGUGAAUGUCCAUAUGGUUAUACGGGAAUAAAUUGUGAAACAUUAACUGGUCUAGUUCCAGAAGAACUUCUUCCACUAUUAUUGAAAGAAGCAGCAGUUGAUAAUGCUGAAGAAGAUUCUGAAUCGUCACCAUGUGCUGGAGAACCAUGUGGACUUGAUGGGGUUUGUAUUCCAAUGCCUGAUGAUAAAUAUGUAUGUUUAUGUCAAAAUCGUGUUAUUGCUGCAAAAAGUUGUGAUGAAGCUCGUUUGGAUCCAUGUGCACCACAUAAUCCAUGUCGAAAUGGUCGUUGUAUUUCAAAUGAUCGUGGUGGUUUUCAAUGUAAAUGUCGUACAGGAUGGACAGGUCGUCGAUGUGAUCAAGGCACCAGUUAUUGUGCCAAAUACAAUCCAUGUCUUAAUAAUGGCACAUGUCAUGAUGAUGGAGAGUCCUAUCGUUGUCAAUGCUCAGAUAAUUUUAUGGGUCAUCGAUGUGAAAGAAUGGAAAAAAGUUGUUCAUCACCUCAAUGUUUCAAUGGUGGUGUUUGUGUUAAUACAGUUACAUCAUUUAAAUGUAUUUGCCCAAUCGAUUAUGAAGGACAGCGAUGUGAUUUAAAAUGGAAUGAUUGUGCUAGUCAUUCAUGUCAACAUGGUUCAACAUGUAUUGAUGGUAUUGCAUCAUAUACAUGUCAAUGUGCAAAAGGUUUUACUGGAAAGUAUUGUGAAAUAAAUAUUGAUGAUUGUCGAAUGGAUUCAUGUAUGAAUAAUGGUACAUGUAUUGACCUUGUGCAUGAUUAUCGUUGUCAAUGUUUACCUGGAUUUACUGGACGUAUGUGUCAGUAUGAUUUACAUAAAUGUAAUGACACCCUUUGUCGAAAUUACGGUACAUGUUAUAUGGGUUUUGAUGGUUAUGCUCAAUGUCAUUGUAAUCAAAUAUAUACAGGUGUCUUUUGUGAAACUCGUGUUCAUCCUUGUUUUCCGAACCCAUGUACUAAUGGGGGUACAUGUGUGGCACGAGGAAAUAAAAUUGCAUGUUUAUGCCGAAGCAAAUUUACUGGAAAUCAAUGUGAAAAACAUGUUGAUAUUUAA